CAGAGCGCCAAAUGGUUAUAAGGCAGUUCCAGUAUCUGUGAUAAUCUAAAAACGUCUGCCUGCUCACUUCGGCUAUAAAUUUAGGCGCAAGGAAGCCCAUACUAAGGAUAGUUUAUGCCCUGUCCUUGACUAGUAAGUGUUUUUAUUUUACUAUCUCUUUUGUACCGUUUUGGGGCUCGUCCCUUGGCAUUGGCAGCCUAAGCGCGACAGUAAGAUACCUUUCAGGGUCUUCAGCCCAGCAGCAGCCGGCGUUCUUGUCAAUAUGGAUGGGCCACCUGGGGGAGAGGCUGGCCCGAGCGGCUUUCGCAAUUUAGAGCCAACCACCCGCGAACAACGCAUGGCAGCGCGUGACAAAGACGCCCUUGAAAAGACGCGCCUACAAGCUCGGCGGAGGGGGCCCCUCAAGCCGCCAGAAAACGAGGUCGGCAAUCCGGUGGUGCCACCGCGGAACGCCCCGGCGUACUGUGAUGAGUUCGACAGGUUCAAUCGGGACGUAGCGGGUGAAGCGCACCAGCGGAAACAAAUAAAGCUACAGAGAAAUGAAGAGGUCUAUACCGCCAAGCGCACCGCGCACCUCUCCCGCGAGCGCGGCGUGUGGGCGGCCGACCAGGCGCUGCAGCAGCGCGAGGCGGACCGCUACGACUCCGCUCGCGCCGGCGGCACGGGUGCGCUCCGGAACCGCGGCGGGCAGAGCUACGACAUCAUCACCCUGGACCCGCUGGCGGGCGGCAGGGGGCAGGCGCUAGCGGCAAAGGAGUCAGCCCAGUACGACAAGCGGCAGGAGCGGGCUGCCGUACUGUACUCCCGCGCACACAGCGUCACCCACAACAUCAUCACCGGGGAGCCCAUUCGCCUGCCGGUGCCGGUGAAGCAGCAGCCGCAGUGAUGAGCAGCAGACAGCAGUGGGCAGCAGCAGUGAGAAGACAGCAGCAGUGGAUAGCGGACA